UAGUGUUCAGUUGUAGAAAUGGCAGCGCUGAGACAGGAGCAUCGGUAUGGGCUCUCCUGUGGCAAAAUCAACAAAAACACCCCGAAUCAAACUCUGUAUCACGUCAAACUCACUGACACUGCCAUCCGGACCCUCGAAGCCUACCAGAACCUGAAGGCAUCACUAUCAAAUCAGCCAGCGAUUUGCUUCAAGGGGAGCCAGGGGUACGUGAAGAUCCCAGCACCAACCCCUGAAUCUCCGGAUGGAUUCAGAGUCUUCUCGUUCUACCUUUCCAGUGACAGCAAAGACAAGCCUCAGUCCAGCUUCGACUGCAUUCACCAGUAUGUCUCAGGGGAGGGCAGGGAUCACCUGGAGGGCCAGGGUAGCAUUCAGGACAAGAUCACAGUUUGUGCCACAGAUGACUCCUACCAGACGACCCGGGAGCGCAUGUCUCAGGUGGAGAAGGACAUCUGGAGCCGCUCAGCAAUUGAGAUCAAGCCGGGGCCAAGUAAGUGCGUGAAGGUCCAGAGGAAGCAGGGUCUGGUAUCAGGCUCAGAUAGCAGCAACAAGCACUCCCCCAGCAACAAGAGGAGCCUGGUUCCCAGCCCUGUGGCACACCGGCCCUUGAGAGAUCGCAUCAUUCAUCUCCUGGCCUUAAAGCCCUACAGGAAACCUGAGCUGCUACUGUGGUUGGAGAGGGAGCGGGCCAGUCCAAAGGACAAGGCUGACCUGACCUCAGUACUGGAUGAGGUUGGUAAACUGAACUCUAAAGACCACAGCUACUCUCUGAAGGAUGAGCUCUACAGACACGUCCAGAGAGACUGGCCGGGAUAUUUAGAGGAGGAGAAGCAACUCAUCCACAGGCUCUUGAUUAGGAAACUUCAGCCACUCCACAGUAGCCAGUUGAAGAGUCCCCAAUCCAACCAUACAUUCCACAAAACUCCCGGGGACUCUCCAGCACAUCUCAGUCCUGCCAAGAAUCUCUCUGUGAAACGCCCGUUGCCCUCGGACCCUUCCAACUUUCAGACCCCUAAAAAACAAAGACUAUUAGACCAGUGUUUGCCUCAGCAGUCACCGUCUCAUGGAGACUGUGGCACCAACGGUCGCAGCUCCUCCAGUCUUGGAAACUCUAGAGUACAGAUCAAACUGGAGUUUGACAAAACCAACAAUCAUCUCCAGGGGAGCCCACAUGGUCUGUACUCACCGCACAAACUCACUGGGUCAUCUACUGUUCCCAAACUGGAGAGCACGGAGCCAGCUCCUACUGCACCCAGCCCUAAGCCGCCACACACUGACACGUCCAUUUGCACUGACCAACCUUUCACCAACGGCCAACACAAGAAGAAGAGGUCCAAGAAGCACAAAGACAAAGAACGAGAGCGCUUAAAACCAGACUGGAUUGAGACAAGUCCAGACUUGAAGCAGAACAGAGAAAAUCUCAAAGACCAUGAGGGAGAGAAAACACCUGUCAGUCGAACCUCAGCAGAGGAACUGCCCGACUAUUUAAUAAAAUACAGCACCAUAACAGCACUGGAGCAGCGUCAACAGUAUAAGGACGACUUCUGUGCCGAGUACGAUGAAUACAGAGCUCUUCAUGACCGGAUUGGGGCUAUCACAGAGAUGUUUGUUCAGUUGGGCUCAAAGAUCAACACUCUCUCCCCGGGAACACAAGAGUACAAGCUUAUGGAGGACCAAAUACUACAAAAGUACAAAAAGUAUAAGAAAAAGUUUCCUGGAUAUCGGGAAGAGAAGAAGCGAUGCGAGUACCUCCAUCUCAAACUGUCGCAUAUCAAAGGCCUGAUCACACAUUACGACCAAGCGCAGGGACUAUCAUAGUAACCUGCCUCUGCCCUCAGCAGGGUGUAACAAAACUGGACCAAAAGACUCCUGAUGGACCCAAAGACUGCCCAGCUGAGUCCUGGAGUCACUGAGACACUAAUCACUUUACUCCUCCGAGUGUUAAUGGAAUCGAGGAGCGAGGUUAUUUUUUUCAAAAGUGGGCUGAGACCACCAACUCGUGAUCAAAUGUUGCCCUUUAACGUUAUGGUUUUCGACUAUGAUUAUCGCUGUAAUGGCUGGAUUCUGUUCUGCUGUAAAAUGGUCCGAUGACAUAGUGAAAGCCAAAUCCAUUUCUCUGAAAUGCAAAGCAGAUGUGAUCCUUUCUGCUGUAUUGCAUUUUUAUUCUAUCCUUUAUCGUAUCAGAACUUAAAA